AUGAGAAGUGGGAAAUCCACAGACAAGACCAAUCGACCAGUGGAUGAUGAUGAUGAUGAGGAUGCAGGAGAAGGACCCUCAGUGCCCCCUGACAUGAAACCAGGAGUCAAAGUAACUGGUACAAGAUCAGAGGCCAAUAUUGAAUCCUUUUCCCUAAAGGACCUCCGUGGUCUAAGAAAGGAUUACACUCGACGACCUGAUGAGUCUAUAAUUAGUUGGUUGGUCCGUCUUUGGGAUGCUGCAGGCGAGGCUACAAUUCUGGACGGCACUGAAGUGAGGCAUUUGGGAUCCCUGUCACAUGAUCCUGUCAUCGAUCAAGGAAUGAUGAGGGGGACUAACCCUCACAGCCUCUGGGCACGGGUCCUGGACAGUGUAGCACAAAGAUACCUGUGUGCAGACGAUCUCUAUAUGCAGCAGACGCAGUGGAAGACUAUAGAACAAGGGAUCCAACGCCUGAGAGAAAUGGCAGUGGCAGAGAUUAUCUUCUCAGAUGACAUAACAUCUAGGAAUCCAGACUUGGUACCAUGUACAUCUGUGAUGUGGCGAAAACUUGUGCGACUUGGGCCACAUGAAUACGCUUCUGCUUUGGCAAUAAUGAAGAGGGAUGAGAGGGAUGAGACCGUGCUCGAUAUGGCAAAGAAGCUCCGAGCAUAUGCAGAUGCUGUACAUGGUCCAACACAUGCCAGAAUCGCAGCUGUGGAAACACGUCUGCAGAAAUUAGAAGACAAGAUAGAGGAGAAUCAUAAGAGACUCAGGAAUGAGAUUAAGGAGGACCUCCUCCAAAUCUCGGCUGCACCAAUUAGAGGUCCUGGUAUCCAACACAGACGUUCCCCCGAUGGGGAGAGAAGAAAACAUAACAGUCAUAUUGAAAACAAGCCCCUAACCAUUCCAAAAGACUUUGAUCUUCAUCUGGAAACAAAGUCUGUGACUGAAAGGGACACUAUAGCAUUACAUUAUUUUCCUGAAUAUCAGUGGCUGGUGGGUUUCACUGUUGCAGCUACAGUUGUGUAUGUGGUGACUGAAGCCUAUUGCAGUAUCAUGAAGUCCUCACAAGAAAUGAAUAUCAGUGUAGUAUGGUGUCUGCUUGUCUUGGCCUUUGCAGUCUAUCCUUUACUAAAGAUACUGUUUUCAUUGACCGCUCAUUAUUUCAUAGCAAAGGAUGGAGGUGAAAGAUCAGUCUGUGUCACCUUUGGUUUCUUCUUUUUUGUGAAAGCAAUGGCAAUCCUGAUUGUGACAGAAAGCUAUCUAGAGUUUGGACUCGAAUCAGGAUUCUCAAAUUUUUCAGAAAGUGUUAUGCAGUUCCUUGAAAAGCAGGGUUUGGAAUCCCAGAGUCCUGUGUCUAAACUAACCUUCAAAUUGUUCCUGGUUGUUCUUUGUUCACUCAUUGGUGCUUUUUUGACAUUCCCUGGCUUGCGACUGGCUCAAAUGCAUCUUGAUGCUCUGAAUUUAGCAACAGAAAAAACAACACAAGCAUUGGUGCAUAUAAACUUCUUGUCUCCUUUACAUAUGGUUCUACUGUGGGUAAAACCAAUCACUAAGGACUACAUUAUGAACCCACCUUUGGGCAAAUACAGCGUACCUUUAAUGUCAGAAGAUACAUUUGACACCAUGCGGUUGUGGAUUAUAAUCCUGUUGUGUGCUUUACGGUUGCUUAUGAUGCGCAGUCACUUACAGGCCUAUCUGAAUUUAGCUCAGAAAUGUGUGGAUCAGAUGAAAAAGGAAACUGGCAGAAUAAGUACAAUUGAUUUACAAAAAAUGGUGGCUCGGGUAUUCUAUUAUCUUUGUGUAAUUGCACUGCAGUAUACUGCACCAUUGGUAAUGGUACUUCAUUCAACUCUGCUUUUGAAAACACUAGGUAAUUAUUCUUGGGGCAUCUACCCAGAAUCUGACACUGCAGCAGAAAACAAUCUGCUUCCCAGUUCAGUUUUUUCUGAGUCACCAUCUUUUGAUGGAAAGACAAAAAUAACCGCAGUGCAAGUAACAAUGGCUUUGGGAAGCCUAAAGAAUAUUUUCACUCCUCUCCUAUUCCGAGGACUCUUGUCUUUCCUCACCUGGUGGAUUGCUGCUUGUCUCUUUUCCACAAGCCUCUUUGGGCUUUUUUAUUACCAGUACCUGACUGUCUCAUAA